GUACUGGUGUCCUCCACGACGUCCACCUCUUGAUCCGACUCGACUUAGAAACAGUUUCUUCUGAUAACUGCCGUAUAUAGUUUGGUCAAAACUCAUACAUGCUAUGGUCAGGUUGGAUCGAUUCACGGCCGUACAUCCGUUUCUUCUCGCAGCGUCCCAGGGAUUGUCUCCAUCUUCAGGGGCGGACGUGUGCAUAGCGAGAUUUUUCGGACUUAUUCGCAGUUGCAUUAGCGUGUAUUACUGCCUCUUCCGUCUCGUGACAAUGGCGAGGGUCGAGCUUACCGUGCUUGUAUCGAUAUACAGGAAUACAGCCUUACAAGCUUCACGUAUGGCAUUCGUAGGUUUUCUUUUACUGACUCGGACGUGCCUUUUUUAGGAACGAACUUUUCUGAUUUACUGCGACGGCAAACUCGAAAGAAGUGUUCAAGGGAGAACCUUUCAUAGGCUGCCCGCACCAAUGCCCUGUGUAUGAGCUGUUGCGGAUAUCGUGCUACGAUGAGUCCUUCAGACCUGAGUCUUUAAAUAGCUUAUUCGCGCCCGUGCAGAUGACGUCCAGCUGAUAUCAAGAUACCCCAGGUUUUUACCCCAUGAGAAUCCCAUCGCAGUUUCUUUCAUGAUGUCGUAAUAGUGCUCUACAAAAAAAGCUAUCUUCGUGGUCAUACCAGCCAAACGAGGGGAGCAGGUCAGGUUCAUCUGACGUCGGGAAAUCUUCGGAAGUGGCUGCAUGAUUGAGCCAUGGCGCACAACGGCAAAUUGUCUGCUAAUUGUUCUAGAGAUGCGCCACUGACUUACAAGGCAGUAUACUGGAGAGUUGGAACAUAUGGGCAGUCACGAGAUAGUGUCUAUCUAUGAUGAGCGCUUUUGAGCUCGGUCCGCGUUCCCAUUGGUGUAGUAUAAUACGUUGGAUUGCGACGGAAGCUCGUGAGACCUUGAUUUUCAUCGCAACACUUUGAAGAUUCUAUCCUUUGGCCACAAUGUCGUCUAUUCCCUUGUUGAAGCUUAACAAUGGUCUCACUAUACCAGCAAUAGGUCUUGGUUGUUGGGGUGGUUUGACUUUGGAAACACGAGCGGCGGCAAAAGACUGGAUCUUGGCUGCUCUGAAAACUGGAUACAGGCAUUUGGAUACGGCUUACGGAUACGGGACGGAGGAAUCCGUUGGAAAGGCCAUAAGAGAGUCGGGAAUUCCUCGAGAAGAGAUAUUUGUGACCACUAAACUUCCUUACAAUCAUCCAGGACGAGUGUUCAAGUCUAUCGACGAGAGUUUGGCUAACGCUGGACUGGAUUAUUUCGACUUGUACCUUAUGCACUGGCCUCAAACCAUAGCCUACCAAGAGGACGAUGACGAUCCUAAGAACCCAGAUGGAUCCUUGAAGGCGGUGGAUAGCCCUACUUUUAACGAGACUUGGGCCGACAUGGAGCAGGUUCUUGCUAGCGGAAAAGCCAAGUCUAUUGGCAUCAGCAACUUCUCUAUCAAGAACAUAGAGAAAUUAUUAACGACCGCUAAAAUUAUUCCUGUCAUAAACCAGGUCGAAUUACACCCCUAUCUUGCUCAAAAAGAACUGUUGGAGUAUUGCAAGGGCAAGGGCAUUUAUCUGACAGCUUAUACCCCGACGGGAUAUGGCACAGUACGGGGAGACCCCACUAUUAACCAACUCGCAAAGAAGUACAAUGCCUCACCUGCUCAAGUUAUCCUUGCAUGGCACGUAGCCAGAGGUAACGCGGCUAUACCCAAGAGUCAAGAUGCCUCCAGACAAAAGGACAACCUCACCUUGAUCACGUUGUCGCCGGAGGACGUGGCGCUGGUUAGCAGCCUUGAUCGAGGCGAAAGGUUAUGUAAUAAGGCAGAUGCACAAGGUAAAGUAAACGGAUGGACCCUGGAGCAGAUGGGCUGGUGAAAGUCUUCUUGAUCAAGGGCCGAAAAUAAAUGUGAAUGGAGUAGCCGCCGUUGUCUUUUUAUACGUAUUAUAUUACGACGGGUUGUACGAUAUCGAUUGUGGUGUUUUCGGCGAACAAGCGACCAAAGUAUUUUUGAUGGCCAGGCGUGUAAUGCGUUUCAAGUAGUAGCACGAUGUUGUUUGCCGAUCAACAUUCGAUUAACAUGUAGACGCAACAACUUGCAC